AUGGUUAUCGACUUCGUCUUUGUGGGGACGGCCGGCGGGCCGUCGGCGGAGGCAGCGCCCGUCCAGCUGGCGGCCGAGGAGGAGCAGGCGGCGGCCGCCGACGCGGACUACGGCAUCUAUCCGGCGGUGAUGCGCUGGGGCAGCGACCACCUCCCGGUGGCCUGCGACGUGGUCCUGAGGACCCACGCGGAGGUCCGGGCCGGCGAGAAGAAGAAGAAUACGAGGAUACUGCACACCGUGCUCUUCAGGAUGCCCGACGUUCCCGAGGACGUCUACGCCCAGAUGCAGGAGACGAUCGCCAGGCUGGGCUGCCUGGAGGGCAUCAGAGUGUCCUUCAGGCCGGCGGGGGCGCCAGGCCUCUCCCUGGCCGGCACGCUGUCAGGGUUGGAGUGGCCGGACAAGACCGAGGGCUACACGCACUGCAUGAACCUGGUCGCCGACGACGUACCCUCGCUGAAGGCCUACCUGCACUCACCGUUGCACAAGGAGGAGUGGGUCGCUCACAUGAUGCCAGCUGGGGCGCGGGGCCCGCCUUUGGUCUUCGACUCCGAGCUGGCGCUGUCCGCCACGGCCGGCAAGAUACAGCACGUCGUGCUGUUCAAGCUUCCGGAGCUCCCCGUGGAAGUCUACGGGCGCAUGCAGGAGACCGUGGGCAGGUUCAACGAUAUGGCGGGCAUCGUGGCCUCGUUCCGCCCUGCGGGCGCUCCCGGGUUGUCCUUCGGGGAGACCCUGGCUGCACUGGAGUGGCCUGACAAGGCGAGCGGAUACACCCACUGCUUGCAGGUGAUCGCAGACGACAUGUCCUCGCUCAAGGCCUACUUGCACUCGGCCCUGCACAAGGAGGAGUGGGUGGGCCACAUGAAGCCUGCAGGUGCAACGGGUCCGCCGCUUGUAUUUGACACGGAGUUGGUGCUCCCGCUGCACGGCGCGGCGUAA